UUCAACAGGCAACAAAGGAAGAAAGGAAGAGGCCGUGAGCUACAAAGAGUUAGCUGACCUAGGUUAGAAGAUGUACUAUCAAUUAUGCCGUUGUUAGCCGACAACAGUUCCCGUUUGUAAAGAAAAUUACAAAGUCCGUCCAUGUUUGUGUUUUUGUGCUUUGUUUUGCCGCAGAAGUGAACUAGAGGGACGGUGGCGGUGAUGUUUUCGACAUAAAACGCUAACAAAGCUAACUGACUUAGGUAGUAAGGUAGCAGUAGCUACGCUAACGUUAGCCAACAAUCGCCAAGGACCAUAUAUUUUCUCAAUGUGUUUUCACUGACGGAUAACUAAACAUUAAUACACUGCUUUACGACAAAAAUAAAGCUGGGAGCGACAAGUAAAUGAAAGGUGGUGGAAGUGGAAUUUGACCCAACUGAGUCACCAUUUUCCUGCAGAUAAUGGGAUUUUUGGAUCCACUGUAUGGAUGACUUGUUUCAUGUGGCCUGAUGGAAGGACAUUGUGGAUAGUGCUUUCAUCAGGAUAUCAGGAGAGCCGUCCCAUGCCCCCACAUUGGAGGGCCUGUCAGAAUGAAGAAGAUAAGCCUUAAGACGAUCCGCAAGUCCCUCAGCAUAAAGGGCAAAGAGGAGGGUGACUUUGUCAUGCUCCAGCAGCCUUCAGUGACAACAGAGUUUUCUAAGGAGGAAUCACUUUUUGGAGGCUGCUACACCAAAGACCUUUCAGGGUGUGAUCUUGGUUGUGAGGACGAGAAAGGAGGCCAAAAUAAAAGUCGAUCGAAGAGUGAGGGCCUAAUGGGUUCGUUAAAGAGGAGGCUGUCUGCCAAACAAAAGGCAAAAGCAAAAGGUGGCUCAUCAGCUUUGUGUUCGGCAGAUGACGACGACAACUUUUCGUCAUCUUCUGUUCCCAUCAGCAAUGAAGUAAAAGCUCAGAGACCCCUCAGAUCCGCAUCGUUGCGGAGUCACCAUUACAGCCCCUCGCCUUGGCCUCUGCGACCGGUCAACUCUGAUGAGGCAUGCAUCAAGAUGGAGGUAAAGGUUAAAGCCAUGGUCCACUCUCCUUGCCCGAGUCCCACCUUAAAUGGUGUUCAUAAAGAAUUUCAUAACUUCCAGAUGGAAGGGCUCUUUCAGGACCAAGCAGAGUCCAUAAAGUAUCUCCAACAACCACAAAACGGUGAGCUUCAUCUAAACAUCGACGAAAAUGAUGUGCCUGUGGUGCUGGGGUUGACGCCCCAGGACUAUAUCCAGUACACAAUGCCUUCAGAUGAUGGAAUGUACCCAGAAGGGUCCCACUCCUUUUGCCUAGAUAGUUCUACUCCCAUGGAGGUAGUGACAGAGGCAGACAGCAGGUCCCUCCACACGGAGCAGGGACAGGACGAGCAUGAACUGGUUAAUGGGAUGCCUGCGGACCUCUUUAUGGAAACCUCAGUUAAUAGUAUUCUUUUAGGUUCUGCUGGUAUGGUGCUCCAAAGCUCUCGGGUGGAAGUCCCACCUCCCCUCAGCCCCCUUCUGCCACCCAUGACAAGUAACGGACACAUCCCUAGGACUUUUUCCAGCUUCAGCUCUACAGACAGCCAGGUAGCAGAGAGGGUAAGACACCACCUUAACUUUGACCCAAAUUCAGCUCCUGGAGUCAGUCGAGUGUACGAUUCAGUCCAGAGCAGUGGACCAAUGGUCGUGACCAGUCUGACCGAGGAGCUUAAGAAGCUUGCAAGGCAGGGCUGGUACUGGGGUCCAAUCACACGGUGGGAGGCAGAGGAGAAGCUGAUCAACUUGGCCGACGGUUCGUUCCUGGUCAGAGACAGCUCAGACGACAGGUACCUGCUCAGCCUGAGCUUCCGAUCGCAGAGCAAAACCCUUCACACACGCAUCGAACACUCCAACGGACGCUUCAGCUUCUACGAGCAGCCUGAUGUCGAGGGUCACACAUCAAUCGUUGAUUUAAUUGAACACUCCAUUAGAGACUCAGAAAACGGAGCCUUUUGUUAUUCCAGGUCUCGCCUUCCAGGGUCUGCAACCUAUCCCGUCAGACUAACCAACCCAGUAUCUCGGUUUAUGCAAGUGCGUUCCCUGCAGUAUCUUUGCCGCUUUGUCAUUAGACAAUACACAAGGAUAGACCUCAUCCAGAAACUGCCCUUACCCAACAAGAUGAAAGAUUACCUACAGGAGAAGCACUACUGAGGACACAGACAGGGCAGUGGUAGCAGUUUGCACUUUUGUGUUCAUAAGAUUUUUUUACACAAGGUUUACAGACGACCACAGUUUGAGACGACUGGUUCUGGUAGCUCCUGAUUUAUGUUUAAGUGACCCUGUCUUGUCCAUUCCACUCUUCUGUGAUGUUUUAUUUUUCUGGUGUUCAGAAGUUCUGCAUUUAGUAAUACUUAAUCUAUUGCAAAAAUGUGGCUGAAGUGAAAAGCAAAGUAAGCUUAGUUGGAAACAAUGAAGAGCAGACAUUUGGCAGUUUUGAUGGAUGUAUGCUGUUUGGCUGUGAACAUAAAAUAGAAGUUUCUUAAUUAUCCACAGUAAAGUUGAGCAAGUUGGGAAAAAUAAAGUUCUUUGAAUUGAAAAUGUGUUGCAUUAUCAACUGGAUUGUACAUUACAGAAAUGAAUGUUUGCUACAAUUGGUUUUUCAUCUCUGCAGGCUGACUUUGCACAUCUUUUGCCUAUCAGUUUUCUAGAUGUUGAAAUGUCUUUUUUACUACUUUAGGCAUGAUCAAAUUGCAACUUAAGAUUUUGGAUAGAGAAACUUUGCAUUUAAAAUAACAAUGUUAAAGUCUGAUGUACAAACAUAGACAAUAAAUGACAUUAUUAUGUGUCAAAAAUUCUCAAGCUAACUAUAGUACUAAGCCAAGGACAAACUGUGUAAAGCUGAACAGCAAAAGAUGUCCAGAUUUUGUCAGCCACUAGGAUGCUUUCAAUAGGUGGGGCUGAGAAUUAGCUUUAAAGUUGUACGGCUGCAUUUUAUCAUUAUGCAUUUUUCAAGCCUAAUGGUACUUCUAAUGCUGGAUGCAGGUGCUUUUUUUUCUAGAAAAGGCAUCAACUAAAUGUAUGGACUAAAAAAAUGUAACAUUAAAAUGACAAUUCUGCAUUUGAAAUCUUGCAAAAUCUCCACCGCAGGUUUAAGUUUUUCACUAAUGCUUGUGUUGUCUGCAUGUAGUAAAGGCUUUAAGAUUGUCGGACUACAUGGGAGAAGGUGUUGAACAGGGAGAAAACAAUUUGGUAUCAGAGGUUAUUCAAUGCACAACUGCAUUUACCUUGGGGAGUCUGAAAGCCUUGCCCUCAUUCAUUCUGCAACUAAAAGACAUCUCAUGUGAAAUCUCGACUAAGUUACCUUUAGAGAUGCACCGAGAAUCAUCAAUUUCCAAUUGGUGGUUUUUCGAAAGCUUUUGUCCACUGAUACAGAUUAUUUGUCUAAGUACUAAAAUAGAGGAAAACGUAAGAACAGCUUCUGCCAUGAGGGGUAAUAAGUAAUUUUUUUUUUUAGUAAAAGAGAUGAUACCACAUUGUGUUUGUGAGAGUCAUCUUUGUACUAAACAGGGCUUUACUAAUAACUUUAAAACGAUAUUAUUGAGUUGAAGUUUAAAUUGCCUUUAGCAUGUUAGUAGAAAUGAGCACAGGUAGCAUAACGAUCUGCAUCUAGACAAUGUAGGAUCUUCAGAAUUUUAAAAGGCUUCAAUCAUUUAUAGAUUCAACAUGUUCCAUGGCAGACGAAAGCAAAAGUUAAAGCAGUUUUGCUGUAUUUUAUUCAGCCUUCCACUUGCUCUCUCUGAUUUUUGGUCAACCGUUUGACAUGUUCUACUACUGACUGUUUCCUGCUAAACAACCAAAAGCAUCUCUGUGCUUCCUGUUGCUUCUUUUUGAACGCUUUCUUCCAACAGCAAUGACUUCCACACCGAUCACUGUGCUUAAGCUUAACACCAUCUGGUUAAGCUUGGGUAUAUUUUAGCUGAUUAGAAAAAAAAAUCUAAAUUUGUGUUUCUGGCAAUUUAGUUUCCAGAACCAGAAUAUUGGGGGAUUUACUGACUUCUCGGUGCAUCUCUAAUCUAUUUGUACUACUAGUGGUAACAUAAUGCUGGAAAGAAGAUGUGGACCUAGGAAAGACGGUGCAGGCCUUUGGGAAAUACAGAUUUGGGAAACAUUGGUCAAGUAGUCUUCUCCAACCUGGAAGGGAUGUCAGGGUAUUGGCAUGUGAUAAAAGUUAAAUCAAACCUGCAUGCCAUCGUUGGUGUUCUAAAGAUUUUGAAGAGUUUUUUUUUUUUUUUGUUGCCGUUUUUCAUAUCGUCUCGAGUCUGUCCUUUCAGAGCUGCACUACCACAAGUUAUAAUGAGCUGAUGGCGUCAGAGUAAAGGGAAGAGCACACAGUAUGCUACGCAAGUGCUUUAUUUGGAUAAUUGACAGGGAAUUGUCACCUCACAAUAUGAAUGGUCAUCUUUUUUUGACAUCAGUGUCCUUAAAAGUAUUGCAAAAUGUCUUUGGCAACUUUGGUAGGUCUUUAGGGUAUAGUUUUAGUUGUAGUUAGCUGGAGAGGUCUGAGGAAGCACAGCGGAAACUAGAUAGGAUCUUUAAAUGGUGUUUGCAUGUUUAAACACUUAGUUUUAAAGCUUUGAGUUGUAUAGGAAUGAAGGAUUUAAGAUGUGUUUUGGUUGUAUAGAGAGAUGUUUUUUUUUUUCCUUAAUGUCACAAACUGGCUGGACUUUUUUCUUUUUUUUAUAUUACAAGAAAUGUAUUUUUCUUUAUACUGUUUGAGUUGUUUUUGUUGUCGUUUGUGACAUUUGCCAUCUGGGGGAUGGGGCCGUACAAAAGGAAUGUACGCUUGUUUGAGGUAUCCUGUUAUCUGCCUGCAGACCCAUUUCUGAAAGCAUGGGGAACAUAAGGACUACAAUGACACAUAAUUUGCACUUGAACAUUCAUUGAACCUCUCUUUGCCUCAAGUUUUCCCUCAGAUGGAGAUUUAUAAAGAAAAGUCACAGAUUUGUCAUGAUGUAUUCAUAUAACUGUAAGAGUAAAAUUGUUGUUUUUUUUGGGGGGGGGGGGGGGGGGGGGGUCAUAUCUGUGUGAUUUAAGGGGAUCACAUGCCAGCAUAAUUUCAAAGCUAUUCCUAAUUGGCUGUUAAGAUAUGGGAUCAUAGCGAGAAUGUGGAUGUAAAUUGUUUUUUUUACCCUUUUGUGUAUGUGAGGAUGUUUUUCAGUCAAAAUGUGAAGACAAAAUGUUAGUCUCUUUUUCUUAUAGAGUGUUCAAUCCAUCUUAAUUAUAAUUACAUUUUAAUUUUGAAAUAAUCAUUUGAUUUCAACACGCAAAUCCUUUUCAGACGGUAUGCUUGUGCAUUAAAGCCUUCAUUGUUCGAUUCCAGAGGUUGACGAUUGUUCAGACUGCUGAUUUGAAUUAGUAACAGCUGUUAAGCACUUAACAUACUCUCUUUUUUUUCUCCCUUUGUGCAUCUCAGUCAUUGAAGGUAAUUGUUUACGACAUCAUGUUUGGACUAAACCUUCCCUUUUCUUUUCCUCACAUUAACAUCUUGGUACAAUUUUGAAAAUUCCUUUAAUGUGUUUUACACAUUCGUGCUGCUUUUGGAUAUUAUUGCCUUUCUUGUAUUUAACAAUGGUGGAACUAGAAUGUUGCCACUCUAGAUGUAUGUACACAUAAUGACUCGGUUGUCAUCUUGGGAGAGCAAAGCAAAACUUGCAAUUUGUUAAUGACUGUAGUCGGUUAAAAGAGAAUUAGUAUUAAUUAGUAGAGCCUCUGUAGAAUUACCCGUUCACUCCAGUUUACAUUGGUUGUCAACUUUCCAAAGUAGAUAGUCUUUUUGUAUUUUCUUUUGGAGAAAAAAAAAAUCAAUGAUUUAUUGCACAUUUUGGAUACAGUUAAAGAGUUUUUUGUAUCUGCCGAUUAUAAAUUAUAAAUAAAACUAUAUUCUAAAAAAAGAGGA